UUUAUUCUUCUGUUUUCCCUUUCCCUUUCCCUUCUCUUUCUUUCACCUUCUUUCGCCAUUUCUUCCUCUCCCAGCUCUCUAACGUUAACCCGAAGGCAACCACCUGGCGGCGCGACACCCUCUUUUCCGGCGAGUAACGUACGACGACGGUGGCGCUGAACCAGAUCUGCGUAUCUGAAGAUACCCUCGGUGUGACGCAACCAACGCCAAACUUCCUGUUUCAAAAUUGCGCACCGUCGCGAUCGUUCUUCAUGCUAGAUUUCGAAUUCAAAGCCAAUUGUCUACCGAAGUUUUCUGCAGCUUAAUUGAGAAAAUCCAUGAUGUGAUUCCGGGAUCCUGUGACAUUCAUUCCUUCUAUCAAAACUCAAUUGGAUCCUUUUCCGCGGUCGAUGACGAGUAUUAGCUGGGGACUUCAUGCGCUAGCAUUAGUUGAUUGAAUUGUGGAUCUAUCGUGUGAUCUUGAAUGGCGUGGUUUAGUGGGAGGGUUUCUUUGAGUAACUUUGCGGAUAUUGCUGGUGCGGUAAAUAAGCUCCAGGAGAGCGUGAAGAAUAUCGAGAAGAAUUUUGACUCUGCUCUUGGGUUUGAAGAGAAGUCGGAAUCCAGUAGUGAUGCUCCUGGAUUCUGGCAAUCAGCUACUGAAGGGAAAGCACUCUUCGAUCCAGUCAGGGCAUUAAUUGGGCAGCCUAAAACUGAUGAAAGUGUUGUAGAUGAUUCCUCAAGUGAAUCACAAUCUUCACCAAGGCCCCUUGAAGUUGCGGAGGCAUCAGAGAAACAGGACUCUUCACAGCUUCAAUCUGAUUUGAAUGAAAAGGAAGACAUUGAAACUGAGCAGUCAGUUUCUUCUUCUUCAAAGGAACCAACUGGUGGAAAAUAUGUUGAAGUGCCCACAGAAAAAGAUGAUGAAAGGCCAGACGUACAAAAGGAAAGCCAAGGAGAAGCAGAGUCUGAAUCACCAGUCAUGCCUAUUGAAGUUCUUGGAUCUUCUGUCCAAAAUUAUGAAGUAUCAGAUUCUUCUGUUGAAGCCAAUCGUGAAUCACCAAGAAUGUCUGUUGAAAGUCCUGAACGGAUUGCUGAAACCUCAGAUUCCGUUCACAAUCUGCAGCAGAAAGAGUUUUCAGAAGUGGAAACUUCCGAACAUCCAGAGAUAGAUAUCAAGUCAGGAGCAACUGAUGUAUAUCAAGAUGAAGGAAGUAAUGAGCUGUUGGUUGAAUCUCAGAGUUCUUUUGAUGUGCAUAGCAGAAGUAUUGAACAAAUAUUGCUAGCAGAUAGGGUAAAUGAACCAAUGGUUGAGGUAGAGAGUACUGAUAAAUUAGAAACAGAAGAAAAGGAGGCCUUAAAAACAAUUCCACAUAUGGAAGCUGAGGCAUUUGAUGAUAAUCAGGGUGAAGGUGGUAGUGAAACUUCUAGCGUACAUUCUGGUAGCACUGAGGUAAAAGAAGGUCCUCGUGAAGUUUCUGCAAGUGAAUUGUCCAAUGCCCCUUUUUUUGAUGAGGCUUCUCAGCGAAUUUCUAGUUCAGAUUCUCAUGAAAGUGAUACAAUGAUCAAGGCAAAUGAAACGGGACAGCACCCCAAAGAUAGUGAGAAAGAAACUAAAGAGGGAGGUUUGAGUUCAGAGGCAAAUAUACCUAUUCAUUUAGAUUCUAUGCAUGAACUAGAGAAGGUGAAGAGUGAGAUGAAAAUGAUGGAAACAGCAUUGCAAGGUGCAGCAAGACAAGCUCAGGCAAAGGCAGACGAAAUUGCGAAAUUGAUGAAUGAAAAUGAGCAUUUGAAUACUGUGAUUGAGGAAUUAAAGAAAAAAUCAAGUGAUACAGAAAUUGAAUCAUUGCGAGAGGAAUACCAUCAGAGAGUCUCAACUCUUGAAAAGAAGGUAUAUGCUCUUACUAAGGAGAGGGAUACACUUAGGAGGGAGCAAAGUAGAAAAAGUGACGUGGCUGCUCUUUUGAAGGAAAAAGAUGAAAUAAUUAAUCAAGUUAUGGCAGAAGGCGAGGAGCUUUCAAAGAAGCAGGCUGCUCAAGAAUCUCAGAUCAGGAAAUUAAGGGCCCAGAUCAGAGAGCUUGAAGAAGAGAAGAAGGGAUUAAUUACCAAGCUUCAGGUGGAAGAAAACAAAGUAGAUAGCAUCAAGAGGGACAAAACUGCUACAGAGAAGUUGCUGCAAGAAACAAUAGAAAAGCACCAAACAGAACUAGCAGCACAGAAAGAGUACUAUACAACUGCCUUAACUGCUGCUAAGGAGGCUGAAGCACUAGCAGAGGCACGUGCAAACAGUGAAGCGAAAACUGAGCUAGAAUGUCGUCUUAGGGAGGCUGAGGAACGUGAAACAAUGCUAGUUCAGACACUUGAAGAAUUGAGACAAACUUUAAGUAGAAAGGAGCAGCAGGCUGUCUUUAGAGAAGAUAUGCUUCGUAGGGACAUCGAGGACCUUCAAAAGCGUUACCAAGCAAGUGAGCGGCGCUGUGAGGAGUUGAUCACUCAAGUCCCCGAGUCUACAAGGCCUCUUUUGAGGCAGAUUGAAGCAAUGCAGGAAACAACUGCUAGAAGGGCAGAAGCGUGGGCUGCUGUUGAAAGAACUCUUAACUCCAGGCUUCAGGAAGCAGAAGCCAAAGCUGCUGCUGCUGAAGAAAGAGAGCGAUCUAUAAAUGAACGCUUGUCCCAAACCUUAUCUAGGAUUAAUGUUCUUGAGGCGCAGGUUUCAUGCCUUAGAGCAGAACAGACUCAAUUAAGCAAAACCCUUGAAAAGGAGAGACAGCGAGCAGCUGAAAUCAGGCAGGAAUAUCUUGCAGCAAAAGAGGAAGCUGACACUCAAGAGGGUCGUGCAAGCCAACUUGAGGAAGAAAUCAGGGAUAUUAGAAGGAAACACAAGGAAGAGUUGCAAGAGUCUCUGAGGCAUAGGGAGCUGCUGCAGCAGGAGAUUGAAAAGGAGAGAAGUGCCAGAUUGGAUUUGGAGAGGAAAGCUCAUCUCCACUCUGCUGCCGUGGCUGAUCAUAGUCCCAUAAAAAGCCAUAAUUCAACUUUUGAAAAUGGUGACUUGGCACGUAAGCUCUCAAGUUCCAGUAGCCUAGGAAGCAUAGAGGAAAGCUAUUUUCUUCAAGCGUCUUUAGGGUCAUCUGAAAGUUUAUCUGAUAGGAAAAUCACUGGGGAAGUAGGCAUGAGUCCAUACUAUAUGAAGAGCAUGACUUCUAGUUCUUUUGAGGCUGCUCUUCGUCAGAAGGAAGGAGAACUUGCAUCUUAUAUCUCCCGAUUGAAAUCAAUAGAAUCUAUCCGUGACUCUCUUGCUGAGGAGCUAGUGAAGUUAACCUCACAGAGUGAGAAGUUAAGGGCAGAGGCCAGUAUGUUACCAGGCAUACGUGCAGAACUUGAAGCGCUAAGAAGAAGGCACUCUGCUGCACUAGAGCUUAUGGGAGAACGUGAUGAGGAGCUGGAGGAACUUCGUGCAGAUAUUGUUGAUUUGAAGGAGAUGUACAGAGAACAAGUAAACUUGCUUGUGAACAAGAUUCAGAUAAUGAGUUCAUCAAUGGGUACAGCCUGAGAAGUAACUUCGUAUAGCACAACAACGCUAUACGAGUCGUUGAAACUCGGCCAUUGGUAUUGAGAUGGGUAGUAUUAAGAUUUUGUGUAUGUACUGAACAGUAUAUACUUGAAACAGAGCUGAUCUUUUUGAAAGUGUUACAUAAUUCCCAACAGCAUUGUAAUUUUACAGUAUACCUUCGUUUUUAGUGUACUUGUUACAGCAUUGAGUUAUGGUUUCACAGCUUGAAUAAGAUUCCCAUUUUGCCCUUACCAAAA